AUGUACCCGCAUGCCGGAAGUGCGGACUUUGACGGCCGUGUAGUGGAAUUGGAUAAACUUGAGUGGUGUUUGAAGCACGGGAACACGAAUGCAGAGCUCAGUAUAUUAAGAGGGAUUACACCAAUUUAUGAAGACGAGACAAAUAGUGACAAAAAGGAAAAAGAUCACUUACAGAAAGAUCCCCAACCUUGUGAGGAUGACACAGAACUAGAUAUCAUUAUGGAUACUAGAAUGAUUAAGGAGAUCGACCUUUCGGAAGCUGCUCUACGAGAUAUUAGCAGAAGAAUCGAGGAAAAAAAGAACACCUUGUCUGACAUUGAACAACAAAUGAAUGACGUGUUCACUCUAUUAACAUCAUCUGGAGAAUAUGGUGCACUGUCUCAGCAAGGAAAAGAACCAAUUGGAAUUCUUGGUUCUAUUGGGUCUGAGUGGACCCAGGGUCUUGUAUCACCCAACCACCCUAGAGAUGGGGACACUCGAAUUUUGUCUCCAAACAAAGAUAAUAUGGACAUGGACAACGAAUUAGAAAUAAACUUACAGCCGCAGAGGUCUCGGAGCCUCAGUGGCGUACCAGCCCUACGGUCCCUGGGGCGGGAUGAAGUCGCUAACUUAUUAUCCAUGGAUUCCCUCAGUACAAUGCAGGGGGAAUCCGAAGCAAGGAGGAAAUCCCUCCGGGAGGAAGAAUUAAAAACUCCCAGUACUAAGAGAAAGGCCCGAAGCUCUCCUGGUGCACCUUCGCCCAGCGACAAAGAGACGGGACAGGUUUCACCAGCAAUGGGGGUAACUAGGAAAACUACAAUUAGGAAACGGAAGAUAAGGACAAAAAAGAUUUGUCGAAAUACAGAGCAAGCUACGAAUCCGUUACUGGACUCAUCUUUCACUGAGUCAUUGGACGAAUUUGAAGAAAGUGGGGGUAAAAAUGAAGAAACACCCGAAGAGAAAGAUGACAAUAUGGAAAGUACAACGAAGCCGAGAAGAAUAACCAGAUUAUCUGGGAAAACAGAAGAUAGGGAAAGAAUACAGGUCAUCUCUAGUGACGAAGAAGACAGCAUGGCAGUUAUAUCAUCCGCUAGCUCAAUUAAAGAGACUCGAGGCAGGAAAAAUAAGGAAUAUAAUAAAAAUAAAAAUAAAACUAGAAAUAUAACCACAAGAAAGGAUAGUCUAGGGGAAGAGGGUUCCCUAGAUUUAACUAAUGAAGAUAGGAUUAAUGAAACAGGAAAUAUAGAUAAACCACACGAAAGGGGGAAAGGAUUAACAUAUAAAUUGCCUAACAAAAUCUCUCAAAACAACAGGCAAAAUAAGGUAGACUAUGGACUCUGGACAACACACGAAGACAGAAUAACGGGCCUAAAGGAUGUCGUAGAAUGUCUGGUCGAUAAAAUCGAAGCACAAGGGGAUAUUAAACAACUACAGAAAGAAAGAUUAGAAGCUGGCACAGAAAAUAAACGAUUAAAAAAGGAUAUCAAUAAACUCGAACAGAUUAUCAACCAGAAGGAUAAGGAGACGGAAGGAAUAAAAUUAAUGUAUGAAGAAAUAGAAGAGAAAUACAUCCAGAUGGAAGGUAAUAGGAAGAAGGAAAUGAAAUUACUAGAUGGGAACCCCGUAGCUAGUAAAGAAGAUAUGAAGGUCAGGAAUUUACUACAAGAUACCUAUGCGCUAGUAAAAGAAGAUGAACCAGUCUUCAGAUCUCCAAUAAAAGGCGUCAGAAAACAACUCCCGAUAACCGGUAAAAAAUUUAAACAUCCAGAAACAUUCUCGUUAACCCCUCAUGGGGGAAUUGGAGUAAUAAGAGACAUCUCUGAGACUGAUUACACAGCCUUCCUGGCAGCUGGGGAUAUGGAUACAAUAACCCCAACCAGAGAAUAUGCAAACGAGCAGAGAAGUGAACUAGGAAUUACAAAUUCUGACAAGGAAAAAGUUAAUGAAAUCAGUAGGCAAAUUAGAAUGCUGAAUGAAGAACGAAAAUUCUUGACCAGAAAAAGGAAGGAUAGAAUUGAAGAAAAUAAGGAGAAACCUAGAAUCACAGGAAAUGUGCAACUCAUCCCGCCUAGGCACACCUACAAACAAGGAACUACUAGAGACAAUCCAAAUAACCAGGAAUUAUCGGAGGACCACGACCCUUACGUCGAGGAACAGACUAGGGAAUAUCUAAACACUCGGGAAACAGUUAGGAAUAGACGACCGAGUGAUAAAUCAACUAGAAGGAACUCCAAUAGAGGGGCUGACCCUAGGACUGGCAUAAGGAUAAGGAAACCACCUAAAAAUGCGGUAGUUGCUAUUCGAACACGCGACGAGACAACUAGUUACGCAGCCAUACUUAAAAAAGCUAGACAGGAGGUAUCGUUAGGGGAACUCGGAAUCGAGACAACCAGGAUUAAGAAGGGAAUCAAUGGCAAUCUACUAAUUGAAAUCCCUGGUACCGAGGGAAAGAAAAAGGCCAAAAUUCUCGCGGAAAAACUUCAGGAAAAACUAGGCGAUGAGGAAGUUGCUAUUACCAGACCCACAGCUAUGGGGGAAAUUAGGAUUACUGGAUUAGACGAGUCAGUCACAGUCGAGGAAGUGAAGCAUUUAAUUACCGAAACAGGAGGUUGUAAUAAUGAUGAAGUAAGGAUUAGUCCAAUCAGACGAAUGUACAACGGUAUGGGCUCUGUCUGGAUUCGAUGUCCGCUGGUCUCUGCUAACGCAUUGGCCCAAACAGGGAAAAUUAAGAUUGGACAGUAG